GAAGAAGUUGUCAGAAAGACUCAAUCAUUUGAGCGGCUGAAGGAGGAAGCCGAGAGGUGUUUGACACAAAGUGAGAAAUUCAACAAUGAGAAGAUGGAAUUUGAAUCUGCAAUAUAUGCAAAGGGCCAUCCUCUGCUAUAAAUUAGUACCCCUUUCAUACACACAACCUCAGCUUGCAGAGAAGUGAAGAUGUCAAGUAGUUGUGAAGGUAAGAGUUCGUGGCCAGAGCUGGUUGGCUUUAAUGGGGAGGCAGCGACUGUUAUCAUCAUGAGAGAAAACCCAAAAGUUAAGGCAAACACUGUCAAAGAAGGGUCGCCGGUGUCGGGAGAUUUCCGGUGCGAUAGGGUCCGAGUCUUCAUUGAUGACAAUCACAUUGUGACUGUAGAGCCCAAAAUUGGUUAGCAAAAAAUCAUUCAUAGAGAGGGACAGAAAGCCUGCUGCCUGUCUUUUACUCUGUUAAUUAAUAUGCUUGCUUAUCGUGUGUGUUCUGAAAUAAGCUGAUUGACGCAUCUUAAUAUUGUCUUCUACUUCAUUUUCUUGUUUAUGAAAUUUACCCUGUGGUUAUCAUUGUUAAUUCAAUUUAGAGUGCGGUCCA